GCCUCAGAGGCCAGGAGCAGCGGGGCCUGGUCAAACCCUGAGGGGUCAGCUGUGGAGGGCGUGGGAGGCUUCGCCACCGGGAGCUGGCCCGGCGCCGGCGUCCUGACUGCCGGCCUUUGAAUGGGGAGUCUUCGCUGGUGACUGUCGCUUCAGCCCUUCUGGUGUGGCCGCGAGUCGGGUUGUUUCGUUUAUCUUCUCUGAUGUGAGCUUCCCUAAAUUGAUUCUUAGGAGUGCAGUUUCCGUGGUCCCGGUCCUUUGGUUGCUCUGCUGUGCUCCGUCACCUCCUAAAGAUGCAUCCUGACUUAUCACCACACUUGCACACUGAAGAAUGCAACGUCUUGAUUAACUUGCUUAAGGAAUGUCACAAAAAUCACAGCAUUCUGAAAUUUUUUGGUCAUUGCAAUGAUCUCGAUCGGGAGAUGAGAAAAUGCUUGAAGAAUGAGUACAUGGAAAAGAGGACCAAGAGCAGGGAGCAUGGCAAUGCGAUGCGAAAAAGACUUUUUAAUCCCGCAGAGGAAUCUGAAAAAUAAAUUAGAGGCAUACCUCGUUUUAUUGUGCUUCGUUUUAUUGAGCUUCGCAGAUAAUGCAUUUUUUUCCAAAUUGAAGGUUUGCGGCAACCCUGCGUCGAGCAAGUCUAUUGGCGCCAUUUUUCCAACAGUAUUUCUCACCUCGUGUCUCUGUAUCACAUUUUGGUAAUUCUCACAAUCUUUCAAACUUUAUAAUUACUAUCAUAUUUCUUAUGGUGAUCUGUGAUGUUACUAUUGUAAUUGUUUUGGAGUGCCACAAAGCAUGCCCAUAUAAGACAGUGAACUUAAUCAAUGUUGUGUGUAUUCUGACUGCUCACCAACCAGCCAUUCCCUCGUCUCCCUGUCCUUGGGCCUCCCUAUCCCCUGAGAAUCAACAUAUUGAAAUUAGGCCAGUUAGUAAUCCUACGAUGGCCUCUCAGUGCUCAGGAGUCCCCCAUCUCACACUCUAAGUCAAAAGCUAGAAGUGAUUAAGCUCAAUGAGAAAGGCAUGUUGAAAGCCGAGAUAGGCUGGAGUGAGGCCUCUUGCGCCAGUUAGCCAAGUUGUGAGUGCGAAGGGAAAGUUUUUGAAGGGAAUUAGAAGGGCUACUCUGGUGAACACACAAAUGUUAAGAAAGUGAAACAGCCUUGUUUCAGUGGUGGAUGGAAGGUCAAACGUUCCCUUAAUUCAAAGCUUGAUCGAGAGCAGAGUCCUAACUCUCUUCAGUUCCGUGAGGGAUGAGAGGCAAGGGAGCUGCAGAAGAAAAGUUUGAAGCUUGCACACAUUGGUUUGUGGUGUUUAAGGAAAGAAGCUGUCUCUAUAACCUAAAAGUGCAGGGGUGAAGCAGCAAGUGCCGAUGUAGAAGCUGCAGCAGCAUUGAGGCAAGACCCUCCACCGGCAAAGAGAGGAUGACUCAAUGAAAGCACAGAUGAUACGGUUAGCACUUUUUAGCAGUAAGGUAUUUUUUAAUUAAGGCAUGUAUGUUGUCCUCUAGACAUUAUGCUAUUAUGCACUUAAUAGACUACAUUAUUGUAUAAACAUAACUUUUAUACCUGUUGGGAAACCACAAAAUUCAUUUGACUUGCUUUGUUGUGAUAUUUGCUCUAUUUUGGUGGUCUGGAACGAAACCUGUAGGAUCUCUGAGGUAUACUUCCCCUGGAUGCCUUGGCUGAGAGAAGACCUAAAGACUCUUGGUUGAUAACCGAAAGAAUCUUACCUCAUUUGGUCUCCAGAAUCCUUUGAAUGGAAAGUGACCCAUGGGGAAAUACGGAAAGCCUGAUUCUGAAUAUUUGUUGGGCGGAGCCUUAGGUACUGUCUCUCGUCUGCCGACAUACCUGACUUCCAACACAUUUCUUCCCUUUGCCAGCAAUCAGUUCACAUUUGCAUAACUUAUCUCCUUCAAUAAAAUAAUUGACUUUAAUUAUAUUUUCUCUGUUCUCUUAGACUUUCCUGGAAUUAGGGCAAAGUGGUCCCAUUAGACUUUGCUUUUUGACAAUGUGGUGAUUUUGGAGCUUAAACAUUGAAGACACAAACUAGGGCAGAAAGAGUUUGGGGAAGUCUCGGCUGUGUUAACGAUAUGAAAAUGACCCAACUUUAUCAUUCCCAGACUCAUUUCUAGCAGGCAACCACCCCGUGCCCUUUUUGCCAGGUGUUUCUGAAACCAGUGACAAUCUGGAAGUCAGCAACUUCCAGCCACAGCAGAGGAUUGAUCUUCUUGUCAGAUGAGGUGUCAACAGACUGUGAGCUGUGAGCUCCUUUUAGUGAAUUCUGUGUGUAUAUCCAGAAUGAGGCCUUGCUGACGUCAUUGUUUAAUAAGUGACGUCCCCAUCAUCAGAGGUGUUCAAGAGGCUGGACAUUCACUUAGCAAGGUGGUUAUGCAGGAUCACAGGCAUUUAAUGAAGGGAUGGAGGACAAAGUAGAAUUAAUUCUUUGAGACUGAGAUUUAUGAAUAUUUAUUCAGCCCCUUCCUCCAUGUCAGUCAGUACAGGUACAGAAAUGAGACAUUUUGCCUUUAGAAGCUUGUAGUAAACUGACGAGUUGACUAUUCCAGUAGUGUUGAAGUGCCAUGAUGAGGUAGCUGUCAUAGAAGACAUAGAAAGGGCAUCCGUGCCCGGCUUUCAGGAGGAAGGAGCCAUUCCAAGAAACCACUUAGCAAGGUACCUUUGACAAACAGUGAAACGAUACAUUGUGGGGAGCUUCAAGUUGUUUAGCAUGACUGGAAUGGGAGGGCUGAUGGUGGAGGAAGAGAAGAAAUGGCUUUUAAUUCAGUUGGAGUUUUUCUUCAAUGCUGUUGUGAUCAGUUGCAGAUUUUAAUAUGGUGAUUAGGGAUUUGUGGAUGGGGCCUUAGUUGGAAGGGUGAUAUGUUUUGGUUUGUAUUUUAGCAAGAUUUUUCUGGUUGUAGUUUGGGGGAUAGAUUGGAGAAGAGAAGUUAUACCCAGGGAGACCCAUUCGAUUUUUGCUCCAACUUAGAUGGUAAAUGAAGGCCUAACAUAGAGAAGUGGCUUGAGGACCCAGACGAGUGGCUAGAUUUGAGGGGAAUUUGAACACAGAGUCUGCAUGGCUGACUAGGAGGUCUCGGACAGUUAUGUCUGCAUGCUCUUGGGGCCCUGCCCUGAGUGGGAGGGGAUGUAGCAGAGAUGCGGGGUAAAGUGCUGGGUUUGAGGUGUGCUCAGGAGACCCUAGGUGGAGGUGGCUUUCCAGCUUCUGAGGAUGCAGAUCUAGAAGAUAAUGGUCGUCUGGUUGAGAACAGAAUUGGGAGACAGCGCUUGCGUGUGGCCGCUAGCACCCUGUGGGCCAGUGUUGAGCAGGAUGAAACUUUGGGUCACUUGAUUUUUUAAAAUUCCACAUUUUGGUGGAACAUUUGGACAAUCUAAGUUUUUUAUAGACUUCACACUCUAAGACCCCUCAACUCCCCAGAGGCAUUGAUAACUGACAGUUGGGUGGCUCUUCUCUGCAUUUACAUCACUAUUUCGGGACAAGAAAAGGAGCCCCGUAUUUGGAGAAGGAGCAGGCAUAGAGGGAGAGGGCAAACCAUAGCAAAUGGUGCCAUGGAAUUCCAAGAGGGUCCCAGAGGAGGGAGUGUCGUGUCACUGGAUCCAAUAAGGACUGAGGUGCCCUUUGAGGCUCUGGUUCCUCUGUCAUCCCUGACUGAGAGCCACUUCCCGUGGUGAGGAGUGGCCAGGAGCUUACGGGAAGCUGGAGGAUGCAAGCAUAUUUGGAAAGGCUUGGCUCUGAAGGGAAGGGCAUUUUAAGGUGAGAGAGAGUCUUACAAAAUCAAAAGGAAACGGUGAGUGACACUAGGGAAGGGGUGUAUUUGAAAAGAAUGCCCGAAAGGAGGGAGGGGUUGAUUUGUGGAGUGAAAUCUUUGAGGAAGCAGAAGUGAGUGAGAUUUAGGGCCCUUGCUGACAGGAUUACUGUUUUUUCCAGAAAACUAAUGAGAAGCUGAAAACUUGAAGCACUGUAGGGAAUGUAAAGUAUUCCUUUCAGAAAGCAGUAAAUACCUGUCUGCAGAGGUUGUGCCGCUGUCUCCCAGACUCGGUGCCUGCUCUUUGAGGACCAAAGUCUCAGCCGUGCUAACAGGGUUACCAAUAACCAGUUAUAUGCUGGUAAAUGUUUAACACCGCCCUGAGAAACAAACUUAAAAGGUACUAAUUUGUAGAAUUUGCCAUUGUCUGUGGUGCACACCCUCCUGCCACAGCAGAUUUCAGACUCCCAAGGUGACGUCACCCAAGUGGAGCUGGAAAGACAUGCUCUCCGGAGGCUCUCCUGAGCUGGUCCCAGCUGCCUCCAGCCCCCUGUGGCACACCACUGCCACGUGGAAGGAAUGCAAGGGAUCAUCACAGAUUGCCCAGUGAUUGCCACCUCUCCCACUUGUCGCAUUUUGUCCAUUGAAAGCACCUCUCACCGAAGAUGAGCAGUAAUGCAAGACUGCUGUGCCUUCUGCGCCUACAGUCCAGGACUGCUGGAGUUCCAGGAGUCUGCAAGGGCGUGUCAUUUUGUGGAAGAGAGGAAGCGAAUGCCAGGUGGAUUCGGGAGGAAAUGGGACCUGCCUGUGCCUUGUUGGUUGGAUUUGUGCCCCAGCACUCAGCUGUCUGCAUCUCUUUCUGUUGCAAUACCAUGACCUUCUGGUUUAGGACAUGUCACCAGUUGCCUGCUUUUUUCAGCCCUCUGUGGGUCAGUGUGAAACCUCACAAUUUUCUCCUUUGCAGAGCAAGCGUACUUUCUUCCUGGGGAUUUCUGGGUUGGGUUUUUGUUGUUGUUUUUUUAAUCUUUGAUUUUUUUUUAUUGCCACUUGUAGUAGGAGCCUAACAGGCUGGAGGGAGAUGGGGGUGGGAGGGAGCAGGUGUCCUGUGUCCUCUUGCCUAUAUCAGGCACCUGGCA